AUGAAGGACGUUGCCCCCGUCGAGGGCUUCCCCAUGAGACAGUGGAGCAUCAGCAUCGUCAUGCUCAACGACAAGGGCGACGAAGUGCCCGCCAACAUCCUCGACAAAGUGACCUACCACCUCCACCCGACGUUUCAAAAUCCCGUGCGGGCGGUGAAACAACCCCCGUUCAAGGUGUCGGAACAAGGGUGGGGUGAGUUCGACAUCCCCAUCUCCCUCCACCUCUUGGGGUUGCCGGGAAAGCUGGGCGAACGCAAGAUCAGCCACGACUUGAACUUCGUCAAGGAACGCUACAUCAACGACCACGAGAUCUCGAUCCCCGUGUCGCUGCUGAAGAACCCGGCGCUCAAUAAGGCGCUCGCCGAACUGGGCGCGGUGCCGUUUGACGGCGACAACAAGCGCAAAUUGGACCCUCAAGGGUCGGUUGCUGGUGGGGUGGCUAAGAAGCUGAAGCUGGGAGCGGCUGCCCCCGUAAAGGGGUCGGUGGACCUUGAGAAAUUGGCGAACGGGUUGACCAAGCUUAAGGAAGAUGACUUGAUCGUCAUCGUCCAGAUGGUCACCGACAACCGCACCAACGAGAUGAACAUCAAAAACGACAUCGACAACGGCGAGUUCACCAUGGACUUGCUCACGUUGCCCGAAGGGCUCUUGAAGAGUUUAUGGGACUACGUGAGAAAACACACCGAGUAA